UCCGAGUGCGCAGGGAACAGCCCCGGCCAGGGCUGGAUCGGGCCCGGAAAUCCCAGUCUGCCAAGUGGGAUCGGGGCUGCGGUGCUGGGCAGGAUGCGGGGCAAGGACGAUGAGUACGAUUACCUCUUCAAAGUUGUGCUCAUUGGGGACUCCGGGGUGGGGAAGAGCAACCUCCUCUCGCGCUUCACCCGCAACGAGUUCAACCUGGAGAGCAAGAGCACCAUCGGGGUGGAGUUUGCCACCAGGAGCAUCCAAGUGGAGAACAAGACGGUGAAGGCUCAGAUCUGGGAUACGGCCGGGCAGGAGCGGUACCGCGCCAUCACCUCCGCCUAUUACCGUGGGGCAGUGGGGGCUCUGCUCGUCUAUGACAUCGCCAAGUACCUGACGUACGAGAACGCGGAGCGGUGGCUGAAGGAGCUGCAGGACCACGCCGAUGCCAACAUCGUCAUCAUGCUGGUGGGCAACAAGAGCGACCUGCGGCACCUCCGCGCCGUGCCCACCGAUGAGGCCAAGAGCUUUGCAGAGAAGAAUGGGUUGUCCUUCCUGGAGACGUCUGCUCUGGACUCCACCAACGUGGAGACGGCGUUCCAUAGCAUCCUCACGGAGAUUUACCGCAUCGUGUCCCAGAGGCAGAUCCCAGGGCAACCGGAGGCUGAAUUCGGCCCCAGCACCAGCAUCGAGCCCAUCCGGGUGCUGCCCACGCAGCAGGAGGGCAGGCAGGGACCCUGCUGCCAGAACAUCUGAGCACCCCCAGAACCACCCACCAAGUGAUGGCAUCACCU